AUGGAUCUUCAGAGAGAAAACGAGUCAGAACUGAAUCUGGCUAAGGACUCCAGGAGACAGCAAAGGAAAGACAAGGGUGUGAAAAGUUUCAUUUUACAAACAGAACAGCAGCACCUGUCCUCUGUGGAAAUCGAGUAUGGAAAUGCUUUACAAGAUCUUCCAGGGAAUAACAAGAACCACUGCACAGAUUCACCAUCACCACCAGAGAAGCUCAUUGCUGGGAUCCUGGGAGUCAUCUGCUUUAUCUUGAUGUACACUUUAGUAAGAAUGAUUCUGUGGAAACAGACAGUUACAGCAGAGAACCAUACAGGGAAUCAGACAACAGGGAACCAGAAAGCAUAUCAUUGUGGUCGAUGUCCAGCAGAGUGGUUAAUGUACUCCAACAACUGCUAUUACAUCAGCACUGAAAAAAAAACAUGGAAUGAGAGUUUGAUGGCCUGUGCUUCUAAGAGCUCUGACCUACUCUAUAUAGAUAAUGAAGAAGAAAUGGCAAUAAUUACAUCUAAGUAG